AUGCCUAUUCGCUCGCGGCCCUAUGCCCAGCUGUCCAACAACCAGCCCCGAGCCCAAACCAAUCGCGCUGUUGCUGCAGAACUGCUGCGCCGCAUCGACUCAACCCAGCAGAUCCAGCAGUUCCUCCAUGAGUUCCACCCGUCGCAGGGCAACCCGCUGGCCGUCAUCGCCAUUGGGCCCGACACGCUCUCGUCCCCGGGAUCCUCGGCGCGCGCCCAGCUCGAGCGCCUGGCCGAGUCCCUGGCCUUUCUGCGGCGUGUCGGCCUGUUCCCCGUCAUCGUGCAUGGCGACCUGCAUCUCGAUGACCCGGAGGAGCCCGGGGGCUAUGCCCGGCCCCCAGCCGAUCAGUCGAACCGCCUGCGCCGCAUCCGCUCCGUCAACUACAGAGUCAGCGCCCUCCUGGAGCGCCGGGACGUCGACACCCGCCCCAUCACCUGCGGCAUCUUCACGGCGGCCGCAGAGCCCGGCCGCCCCCCGGCGAGCGACCAGGGCAUCGUCACGGCCAUCGCCCCCGACGCCAUCGAUUCCGCCGUCCGCGCCGGCUCCAUCCCGGUCGUCGCGGCCCUGGGCACCUCGGCGGCACAGUCCAGAACGCAUGCCCUGGAUGCCCACCACGCCGCCCUGCAUCUGGCUCGGGUCCUGCAGCCCCUGCGCAGCAUCUUCCUGCGUCCCGACGCCGCCUUGCAGCCCCCAGCCUCGCCCGGGGCCACGGCCGUGUCUGCCACUGCGCUGCAGGCCCUCGCCCAUGAACUCGGCCCCAGUGCCAGCGUGCUGUUGGGGGCCGCACCCGCCCUGAGCAGCGCCAUCUUCCCCGACGCUGAGCCCUGGACGGUGAUCCGCAGCCCGCGCACCAUCCGCGUCGUCACUGCCAUCCAGGACUUCCCAUCGCGAGCGGCCCUCCACGCCGCCCUCCAGCGCCACCUGCACCAUCUCGGAACCGACAUCACCGUCGACAUGCUCCUCUCGCAGCUUGAAACAAGAGACUUCAUCGCCUACUUCGACCACGACCCCAGCGAGGGCAGCCCAACCGCCACCGAUCAAACCAUCAACAACCUUGCCCUCGUGUUUCCACGCGCAUCCUUUCCAUGGAAGCCCACAGCAACAGUGCCUCCUACUCUGCCACCACGCUCCUCCAACCCGGUCUCUCCCGCGCCCGAAAAGGACCGCGGUGGCCAGGGGGAUGUAUCUGAGCUCGCUCUCUUCGCCAUCUCCCAGCCGGGCUGGCUGAAUGGCGCGGCAGAGCAAUUCUGGGACCGUAUUCGCGCCGACCACGUCUCGCUCUGGGGAUCCCUGGGUGACACGCAUCCCAGUCUCCCGUGGUGGUUAUCUCGCUCAUCUGGGUGUGUCAAGCGGGGUCUGGAAGGCAGAGUGUACUUGUGGUAUGGUCUAGUCGCUUAA